AUGCAGGCGAAAGUGCAAAACAAUAGGUUUCGGAGACAGGCUUUGGCAAUUGGAAAGGCUAGAGACAACAUUAAGGAUGUUGGCAAGGUUUGUGAUGGUGUUCAAGACAAGAUUCAAAGGUUACCUGUAAGUGGAGAAACACGGGAUAGAACAAUGAAAAGAAAACAUUCCUCGGACACCGUCUUUGGUGGAUCCACUAAUCGGGAAGUAGAGCCAAAAAGAGUUAAGUAUCUAAAGCAAGCUAAUGACGCCCGGGAGCAAUCUUCAAAUGUGAACCAGCCUCAUUCAUUGAUAGGGGCAAUCAAUCAUAUGCGUCCAGAAUCUUCUGUAUCCCAUUUAUCCCAACGGGUUGGGCAGAGGCCUCAAAAAAAUUCUAGCACUCGAAGAGCAAAUGGGGUAUCACCGCCGGUCUAUAAUUGUGAUGAAAUGCCUAUGCCAUUUGAAGGAGAUAGAGGGAGAAACAUUUUAAAUCAAUCUGAUUCAAAAGAGUUAUCUUCAAUGGUUGACAUGGUUGAUCAACCUCACAAAGGCACCUUUCUGUCCAGUCAAAUGGAUUUAGAAUACAAACUACCAUCGUUGUACCGAAGACUAUUGUCAGCUUUGAUCGAUGACGAUCAAAUUGAAGAAACUGAUGGAGAUGAAGACAUAUCUUUUCUGCAUGAAAUAGACUACACUGAGAUAGUUUCUUGUAAUGGGAAUGUUACCGUUACACGUGACCAAAUGUUUAUGGAGGAUGAACUCAUAAUGGAGCUAAAAAGUGUCGGCAUAGAUGCUUACCUUGCUAGAUGCCGGACAUUUGAGGAUCCCAUGUUUAAUGAUGUCCUAUUUGCAACUCCUGCUCUUGACAACCAUACUGUUUCAACUGUUGAUGAUAUCCGACCACUUGCUCAAAACCCUAAGCAAGAUUUUGCACCAUCAGGUUCAUUUCCUUCGAGGGUGCAAAAUGUUUUGGAAAAUUCAAACAAUCAAUCCAAUCUGGAUUUUGCCAUGACUGGACCAAUACUGAAUGGAGGGAGGAAAGGUAAAGUGCUAUCUGAUGAUGUUGGUGCUAGCGCUAAUAUGGGAGGGAAGAAAGGUAAAGUGCUACCUGUAGGUGCUAGCGCUAGUAUGGGGCGGAAGAAACGAGAAAUGCUUCUUGAUGAUGUUGGUGCUAGCGCUAAUAUGGGAGGGAAGAAAGGUAAAGUGCUACCUGUUGGUGUUAGUGCUAAUAUGGGAGGGAGGAAAGGUAAAGUGCUACCUGUAGGUGCUAGCGCUAAUAUGGGACGGAAGAAAGGAGAAAUGCUUCUCGAUGAUGCUGGUGAUAGCGCUAAUAUGGGAGGGAAGAAAGGUAAAGUGCUACCUGUUGGUGUUAGUGCUAUUAUGGGAGGGAAGAAAGGAGAAAUGCUACUUGAUGAUGUUGGUGCUAGUGAUUCUUUGGGAGGGGAGAAUGGAAAAGUGCUACUUGAUGACGUUGGUGCUAGUGCAACUCUUGGUAAUUCGUCCUUGGGUGGAACAAAGAGAAAGAGGAGUAAAAGAGGAACAAACAAGGACACUUCUAUGAGAAAUCAGGUUAAAAAAGGCGGCCGCUCUGCUGCAAGUAACACAAGGAGUGAGCGUAAAACAAAAGCCAAGGCCAAACCGAAGACAGAUGGACUCUCUACUUCUGCAAAAGGAUCUCUUGGCAAGUUGGCGGAAAAUACUAACUCUAAGCAUUAUUUGGCUUGUGGCUCUGAUCAACUGGUUUCCAGUGGUAACAAUAAUGUUGGCUCUGUAUCACGUGAUUAUAGUACUAACGAUAUCGCGAUUGAAACUGCCUUGGAUUUAACAAACAUGCCUGAACUAGACUCCAUAGAAGUUGGUGCAGAUAAAGACCUGGAUUCUUGGUUAAACAAUUAUAUGGAUACCUUAGAAGACGAUGAUGAUGCGGAUGGCCUAGACAUACCGAUGGACGAUCUGUUCACGAUUCUGUGAAGCGAAUGCAGGAUUAAAGAAAUACAGAAAAGAAGAAAAGGGUAGUUCUCAACUGUUCAUAUGAGAAUAGAGCUCUAUUGGUUGUAAAUAUUACUUACAUUACAAAUAAUUUAUAAUUCUGUUGUUAUUUUUUCUAAUGGCUUGUAAAUUAUACCAUCCUAAGUACAACAUUAGGAAGCCAAUUUGUGGUAUCCAUUGCCCUGU